AUGGCUGAGGUAGUUGAUAUAAAUCAACAAUCAACUCAAAUCGGUAUGGGACACUAAAAAAGAGUGUAUCCUAAAAAGGGAGUAAAGUUUACAUUAUAUCCUAAUUGCUAGGAAGAAUGCCAGAUAUAAUCUAUUCACUUCAUAAAGUAAUCAGUUACCGUUUUUGUAAUGGAAAUUAUGUUCUAUUUAAUUACUGGUGGUUUAGGUUUAGUCGUUCUGCAUUGGGUACCUAUCUGGAGGUUUAUGCUAUUUUUCAAAGUAGUAAAUGAGUAAGAAGCUACAGGAGUUUGCGUUUUUGGUCCUGAUGAUGAUUUAAAAAUUUUAAAAUUCGUCAAAAUAAAAGGAAGAAAUAGUAAAAUUUUUUAAUAUCGUUUUUAAAGAUAUAUCUACUAAGAUGAAAUGUUUAUCCCUUUCUUUGAAAAUGUAUUUGAUAUGAAAAAUUCAGAAAUUAUUCAAUUUCCUUAGAAUAAUGUUGUUGAUGCUUCUCGUAUAAGUGUCUCUCAAGAAAAAAAUGGAAUGAAUUGCACUGAUAUCCCAGAUUAAGGUUUGUUUGUUAUGUGCAUGCUGGAACUAUUUACUCCAUUUUACUUCUUUUAAAUCGGCUCUUGCACACUGUGGUUCUUCGAAGGGUACAUUUACUACGCAUAUAUUAUCUUAUGCUGUGCAUUUUUAGGUUAUUGGUUUGGAAUUUUUGAAGAAAGAACCAACUUUUUAAGACUAAAAAAAUUCAGUUAUUAAAGAUAUAAAGUAGAAGUAAUAAGAAACGGAGAAAAAAAAGAAAUAUUGAAUAAUGAAGUUAUUUUUGGUGAUAUUAUUGAACUUAAAAAAGGAGAAGUAGCUUGCUGUGAUUUAGUAGUAACCCAAGGUAGCGCAAUAGUUAAUGAAUCCAUGCUUACAGGUGAAAGUAUUCCAAUAGUUAAGACACCUAUUUAGCAGGACAAUGAAAAAUUCCAUGAAAUAAAAUAAAAUAUCAUCUAUAGCGGUAGUAUUAUUUUACAAACUUCUAAUUUAAGAUGUUAAGCAUUUAGACUUGGAUUCGAAACAUUAAGGGGUAACCUUAUAAGAUCUAUCAUGUAUCCUAAAAAGCAUUCCUAAAUAUCGUUCUCUAAAGAUUCUCUGUUUUUCAUAUUAAUUAUGGGAUUAUGUGCUUUGAUUUCCUUUUUAGCUUCAGUGAAAACAUUUAUGCAAAAACUAGAUGACGGAAUGAUUGAGUCUUCAGAUGUACUUUUGCGUUGUUUUGAUCUUAUUACCAUUAGUGUCCCUCCAGCUCUUCCUACAUGCCUCUCUUUUGGUAUUAAUUUUUCGAUGAGACGUUUGGCUCGUUGUAAAAUUUACUGUAUUAAUCACUAAAAGAUUAACAUUUGCGGUAUUGUUAGAAUAUUAUGCUUUGAUAAGACAGGAACUUUAACUGAAAAUCUCCUGUCAUUUAAGAUGGUUUCAGCAUAUGAGUAAGGAUAAUUCAAAGAAGUAAGUGAGGCAAAGGAUCUUAGCAAAGUUCAAAGAUUAAUAAUAGGAGCAUGCCAUACAUUGUAAAAUUUUAACGGUUAAUCAGUUGGAGAUCCACUGGAUUAAGAAAUGUUUAACAAUUCUGGAUGGAAGAUUUCAGAUAAGACUGAAGAGGAACUUUAAAAGGAAGGAAAUGGAGUAAUUUAAGAGAUAUAUGAUAGUGCUUCAAAUGAAAAAAUUGAAGUUUUAAAAUGUUUCUAGUUCGAAUCAGAGUUUGAGCGUAUGUCAACUAUUGUCAGAUACCAAGGAGAAACUUAUUUAUUAACAAAAGGAGCACCAGAAAGAUUAAAAACUAUUUCAAAUCCUUAAUCUAUUCCUUAAGGAAAUAAUGAGAACGGAUAUACUGAAAAGCUAAGGAGCUACACUCAGUAAGGAUAUCGUGUUAUUUCUCUUUGCUAUAAAAAAAUUGAUGCCAAUAGUAUCGGCUCUCCAAGGGAUUAACUCGAGCAAGGGCUAAAUUAUGUCGGAUAUUUAAUUUUUGAAAAUAAAUUAAAACCAGAAACAAUCCCUAAUAUCUAAAAACUCCAAGAAGCUAAAAUUUAAAUACACAUGGUCACUGGUGAUAAUCCUAUUACCUCUCUUAACAUAGCUAAAUAAUGUUUACUACUAAAUCCUAGCUUAAAUACUUACAUUCUUGAUUAUAGUAACCACAGAAUCCUCUGCGAAGUAAAUGGAGUAUCAAAUGAAAUCGAAAAUUUAGAUACCAUCUUAUAAACUAAAAAUAUAGAAUUGGUUAUCACAGGUAACUUCUUUGAAAAGUUCUUCGAUGAAAAUGCAGAAAAUAAUAAAAUUUAAACAAUAAGUACCCUUCUUUAUUUGUGUAAGGUUUAUGCUAGAAUGAAACCAAACUAAAAAUAAACCCUAAUUAGACUAAUGUAGAAAUAUGCAAACAAAAAAGGAUAUACAUUUAUUGGUAUGUGUGGUGAUGGUGCUAAUGACUGCUCUGCUCUUAAGGAUGCUGAUAUGGGUAUCUCUUUAGGAGAAGCUGAAGCCUCUAUUGCUGCUUCUUUCACAAGUAAAAUUUUAAAUAUAAGUGCAGCAGAAUAUGCUCUCCGUGAAGGAAGAUGCUGUUUGACUACUUCAUUCCAGUGUUUCAAAUUUAUGGCACUUUACAGUAUGAUUUAAGUUACCACUACAGCCAUUCUGUAUCAAAGAGGUUCUGUUCCAUCUGAUUUCUAAUUUCUUUAUUGGGAUCUUUUCAUUAUUUUCCCACUUGCUUUCUUGCUUGGUCUGACUGAAGCUUCUGACAAAUUAAAUACUGAAUAACCUACUCAUCGUCUCUUUUCUCCUCCAAACGUUAUAUCUAUCACUGGUCUUGGUAUAGUUUAGUUAUGUUUUUAAAUAAUUGUGGUAGCUGUAACUAGUACAUAGUCUUGGUAUAUUGACCCAAUCACUUUUUAGAAUGAAAGCGGAAUGAGUCCAAGUGAUUUAUUGCAAAACUCUUUUGAUAAUACUGUUCUUUAUUGGAUUUCUAACUUUUAGUACAUCACUUGUAUAAUUGCAUUCUCUUUAGGUUCUGUGCAUAAGAAACCAUUCUAUACAAAUAGAUAUUUCACAACAUAUUUGACCCUUAUUACAGCUUUAAGUAUCUAUAUGCUCUAUACUGAAUAAUAUGAUGUAGUUGAUUUCUUUAUGUUAUAUCCAUAACUCACCAAUGUAGAUGGAACUACCAUUAUCACAGAAAUGGUUUAUAAAUGGAGAUGGGCAGUAUUAGGAUUUAUUAUUUUAAACAGCCUAAUUAAUAUAAUUUAUGAAAAAUAUAUCGUCAAAAUUAUUGUUAAGAAACUAGAAAGUAAAUAUCCAAAAUUAGUUUAUGAAGGAGUUUCGACUGCUCCAGUUUAUAACAAUGCUAAAAACAAUGAAGAAAGUAAUUCAUUAAAGAUCGACAAUUAACUCUAGAAUUAAAGUGAUAAAUCCAAUUGA